AUGCCAAGUGUGCUAUUCUGGAAGAAAAAGAAGACGGUCUCAGGUCAACAGCAGUCAGCCCAGGAGACAUCAAGCCCCUCACGACUGGGAUCUAUUUUGCGCGAGUCCAGCUUCCGGUCAAAGCGCAACAGUGUGCCGGCUACUCCGGUAGCAGGUGUUCCAUCGCAGCAGUUGAGAGAUUCAAGCACUCCUACUCUAGGUCACGACAAGCGUCAGCGCAAAAGACAAAGCGUUCCAGCGUCUAAGUACCUUGUCGACGAGAACCAACAAAGAGGAAGCCAACCACUCUCCAGAAAUAUAUCCAUCUCCAAAUCCCUAAAAUCGCGAAAAGAGUCAAUGUCCGCUGCGCCGCCUCCUACGCGCGGUUCGGUGAUGUCGUCCAUGUCGCAAUCGCCAUCUAUGAUGCGUGCACUGAAAGUCCGAUCACUGGAUUUGGUCAAGCCAAGUCCGACACUGAGAUUUAUGCAAGAGGAACCAGAACAACGUCCGCUGCAGUCACAGGCACCAGGUUCCCAUGUUCGAGCCCAGUCUGAGGGCAUAAUUCUGAACCAAGUGCUCCCUAAGCAGCAUCAACACUCAAAGUCAACUGGUACAGUGGAUGGGAUAGCUGAUACGCUUGGAGCAAAGGAUUUGCGGAGUUUAAUGGAGCGCGAAGAGCGUCGAAGAGCCAAGCGAGUUGAAGAAGCGAAAGAAAGACAGGAGCAGCGUCGGAGACUGAGAGCGGAAGUCGAAAGGCUUCAGCAACAAGAAGAAGAUAUCGCCCGUCGGUCAAGAGGACAGCAAGCUACAUUCAUGCGUUCGGGGUCGUCGAAAGGAAAGGAACGAGCUUGGGAAAACGAAGAUUUUGUGGAGGUCAGGUCUCAAAGCGUGGCAACCCAGACGCCUGAAGCCUGGGCUUAUGAGGAAGAAGGAGAAGAGGCCGAGAAAUAUGCAGAAGAUAUGAUGUCGCUGGCUAUGCCUAUCCAGCCUACCCUCAGCGAAGAAGCCUAUAAUCAGGAAUUCAGAUCUUCGUCGAGAACGGCUCCUGGCCGAGUGUCAUCACGUUUCCGCGAGUCUGUUGAUGCGUCCGAGUCUUCCAAAAGUUCAAUGGAAGGGCCAUCCGCCAUUCCCGCUCAGGACGUGAGUGCUGUAAGCAGAACGACGGAAAUUUCGGCUGAAAGGCGUGGUAAUGCUAACUUUAUCUCCACUGCUUGGUCUUCUCUGAUACGCCGAGCAUCGUCGUCACGAAAGAAGAAGGAGCGUGACAUGGCCAAGUACAAGAAGGAGAGGGCAGCGGAUAAAGCUACUCCAGAAAGGGAGUUUGUCGUCACCGGAGGGGCCAAACUUUCACAUGAGGGUGGAUCGCCCAUCAUGCUAGUACCGCACUCCUCAGUCAGCGGUACGGGUGGGGUAUCCAAGAGUCGUUCAAAGAUGAUCCAGCCCCCAAUGCCAUCACCCCCUCCUACGUCUCCGCCACCAUCCAGCAGCCUCUAUCAACCCAUUCACAAAGACUUCGUAAGCAUGACACCUGCUUUCUCAGGGUCUGCGCCAUGGCAUGAAUCAAACGAGAAGGAAUCCGAAGGAUCCGAGGAUUCGAGUGGUCCUGUUACGAUCACAUCCAUGCCGUUCACUCCCGCUCACGUCCGAAACUUCUCGCAUCCUACACGUGAGGCUACGCACUCCGAUCGUGAACGUGAGACGUUAUCUGCUGCUUCGUCGCGGAUGGAUCGCCCUCUAUCGACUGUAACUGAUCCGGGCGAUGCUCUCAUCUACGCCUUUCCAGCAGUACCGCAGCGUAUUCCUUUGCAAGAGGCCUUGUCCGGCCAACCGCGCCAAGUAAUCUUGGCUGAACCAGUUACAGAUAUUGAUAUUGACGAGUAUAUAACCGAACCCCGUGAUGCUAUUGUGGAGCCUGUGGAGGAUAUCAGUGAUACGACUCCGCAAUUCAACAGGAUGAUGAAUGCGGAUUUAUCGCCAGAAGGAACACCACUAUGGGAUUCACCAACACUGCCUGCAGGUCGCGACUAUGAGGCAGGUUCGCCUUCUGAUAUCCGUGCCGCUCCUUAUAGUGUUUACUCGACAAAGGCGUCCUCCCGAAUGACGAGUUCGGAUGAAUGCAUACCUACUGAAACAGAGAACGUGAACUCCAAAACCCGCGGUCCUCCCCUCACUUCUCGAGCGAAUUUCGACACGAAUACUAGCUUUGCCAUGUUCGAGUCCGCAGCUGGUACAGUGACUGAGGAUGCAGAUAUCACCCCGACAUCAAUGGAAGACGAUGGCGAAAGCGCUCUGCCUCAAAUGAAGACCGUGUCAGCGGGGAAGAAGCCUCAGAUUGUUCAUAAUUCUUUCUCUAAGUUACCCGUGGAACCGACGAGUACGAGUGGCACGACAUCCGAAAGUGGAGUCAUCGUGCCUCGUGCUGGAAGGAUUCUUUCGAGACAUGGAAGUUUUGGAGAGGUUCAAUGA